AUGUCUGAUGAAAAAUCACAAUUGAUUGAAGCUUUCUAUAAUUUCGAUCAUGAUUACGAUGGAUUCGUCAGUGUAGAGGAGUUCAGAGGUAUCUUGAGAGAUGGUUUACCAAUGUCUGAAAAUGAAAUUCAAGAGUUCUUUGCUGCAGCUGAUCCAUCAAACAGUGGUUUCAUCGAUUACAAAGCAUUUGCCUCUAUGUUAUACUCUGUAGAUGAAUCAUAA